AUGUCGGAGCUCUUAGAGUUUUUUAUUCCAAGUCAUGUCGCCGAUUUGGAGGAUGUGGCGAAAACAGGAUCAAAUUGCUACCAUAUUGAUACCGUGUGCGAGUUUGACAUUCCCGAACGUCAGCAGCUCGAUGACCUGACACGGUUGUUUGGCGCUCUUCACCACGAAAAAUCUCCAACGGCCCUGUUCACGAAGCAGGACCUUUUCUUUCCGCUCUAUUCGUAUGUGAAAGCGAUUCGAGGGAAGCCCGGACACUCAACUGCUGUCACUAGGGUUGCAAGGCACAAAAUAUGCCAUGAGGUCGGUGAGCGCUUGAAGAAGCUGCUGCAAGUCGCAGUAGCAUUCCUGAAAAAGCAAACUGCAGGAUGCGCGCGAAACGGUGCAUUGGAAGUAUGUUUGCGCUCUACUCUCAAGAUGUAUGUUUUUCUCGUCUGUAACGUACUGCUUUCUGUAGCGCCUCUGGACGAAUAUGAGGGUUCUAGUGGACUUUCACAGCAGCACUCGCACCGGAAACGCUCGCGUCGCGACAUGGAAGGAAGCUUUGGUGACGAUGGAAGCGGUGUUGACAUGGAUGGCAGGGAGCUGGUGCUCACUGCGCUUGUCGAAUUCUGCUCUCCCGAGGUAAUGGAAUUAUGGUCUGAUUGCCACUUGGAGGAUUCGACGCUGAAUCUCGUGCUAAAAAUGUGCCUUCAUAUGGUCACACUGAAGCAGAAUAUUGGUGGUGAUGCUCAGUCGGUUAGCGGCGCUCUGGCGCUUCUCUUUGCGCGCACAAGCAACUGCAUUCUCGCGAAGAGCAGUGUCGUAAAGCCAACGGACCUCGUUGUUCCUUUGGUGGAGCUCUCGCUGAAGUCCGAAAGUGCUUCCAUGUUUCUCUCAAAACUUGUUUCUGACAUCGAGCAAAGCGAAACGAGCGUGGGAUUUGGUGACCAGCUGCUGCGUGCCGUCUUUGAAACGAUGUCUCAAGCUGCCCUCUGUGAGGCGGCCACCGAUUCUGCCGCUGCGAAGAACGUCGCGUGUUUUUUUAGCGAGGUGGCGAAGCGCAGCAUUACUGCUGUGGUGAAGAUGGCCGAUCUUGCUAUUCCAGUUCUCCAGAGUGAGAACUACGAUGUCCGGAAGGCGGUCGUGACGUGUAUCGCGGAAAUGGUUCUUCAGCGCUACACCGGGCAUGCACGAAACGCUCAAGACGAUGCCGUUAGGAACUCGUACCUGAACGAGCUUCUUUUUCGCGUCAUGGAUGUCAACGCGUUUGUGCGGAACCACGUUUUACACACCUGGGGGCGCUUAGUAGAGAGUCGGGCGGUGCCAAAGCGCUACCACUUGGCCGUGAUGACUGCUCUUGUCGGUCGACUUGAGGACCGCAAUUAUCUUGUCCGUGACGCUGCUAUGACUGUCAUUUCGAGCGUGCUGCGGAAAAACUGGUUCGGCAGUGUUCUGAACAGCGCACUUGUCAAGAGCAAGCUAGAGGAGGCGCUCAGUGACGGUGUCGUGUGCUUUGGCGAGGCGGCCGCGAUGGAGAAAGAAAUAGAAAACUCCAAGAAACAGCUUCAGCCAACGACGGAAGUGUUAGACGAUCCUCUGGACGUGGAUGACGAGGAGGGGCUUAGAGCGGCGGAGCGGCAGGGUGCAGGGCGAUCGCGAGAGGAGGACUCCGUCAUGUCCGAUAAACAAACGGCCAUCGUCAGCAGAAUUGUAUUUUACCAGAACACGCUUUGCUUUAUCGAGCUGAUCAAGCAAGCUCUGCAGUAUGCGUGCGUUUUGCUGGAUAGCAAGACUGAGCGGGACGUAAUUGAGUCCAUCAAGCUCAUCGUUGUCUGCUCUGAGUACCGCGUCCAGGGGGGAGAGCGAGCUUUUUUGAAGGUCCUUGUUAUGGUAUUUGAGGGCGAGAUGAAGAUCCAGUUCGCAGUCCGUGAUGCGUUUGUAGAGGUCGUCUUCAACGCAUUUAACCGCGUCACGACCUCGGCAGGAACCCGCGUCGCUGCCAGUGCGCAGAAGCUGAUCAGCCUCCUCCGUUGCGCCUCAGAGGGCGAGGUGAGCGCAGUGGAUCGCAUUUUGGGGCUCAUGAAGGCUAACCCAGCUUUUGCUCGACACCUCUCUGCGCCGUUUGUAGAGGCAAUGUGGUGCAUUGCAGAGGGCUCGAUUGACGCCGAGGCUACCGACGGUGACCGGCGCAUCGCAAUGCGUGUCUACAGCUUGCUAAGCAAGUACAUCUGGAAGGACUUGCGCGCGCGCAAGGACAGCAUUGCCGAGUUUCUUUGCUCUGACAGCCACAAGGACAAUGUACUUCUGUCGUACGUUUUUGCUGCUCUCCAAAACGAGGCGCUGGACCCUCAGUUUCACCCGAUCCCGGCUGAUGAGGAUGUGCGGCAGCAUCCGGUGCUCCGUCACGUGGUCAAUCACCUCUGCCGUCGGACGGAAGGGAUGGCGUCGUGGAUGAUUCUAGCGGAAGCUGGAGUCAACGUCAUACAUAACCUGUGUGAGGUCCCUGUCACAGUGUACCGCUACAUUCUCGAGUACUAUGGGUCGUGUGAAAACCUGGAGACGCAGCCGAACCGGAAGGCGCAGUGCCUGUUCUUACUCGGACACACGGCACUGAAGCAGCUUGUUGCGGUGGAAGCGGCAGAGAAGGCGCAGCUGAAGACCCUGGAGGAACCCACAAAAGUCAGCACCCAGGUCACACCAACGGUGAGGAACCAAGCAGACUGGAUGCACAAGGAGCUGGGGCUUGGUUCGCACGAACUCCGGAGGCACGAGAUUCAGCAGCUGGCGCAAAAGCGGAAACAGGCAAUUAUUUCAUCCGGAUCUGUUUGGGCCCGCUUCGCUGAUAUGAUUAUCGCCACAUGCCGCAAAAAGGCCUCAGUUUACGCGGACAAGCCUUUUGAGCGCGUGUGCGCCGUCCUCGCUCUUUGCCAAUACAUGAUCGUCAACGAGGGCUUCUGCUCUGACCACCUCAACCUCCUUUUUACUAUCGUCGCUGACAAGCGCGAGUCAUGGGUGACAAAAGUAAACGUUGUGAUUGCUCUGGGGGACCUUGUGUGCGUUCACCCUAAUCUGCUCGGCCCGUACCUGAGUGUGCCCACCACAGGCUUCUUCAAGCUGCUAGUCGACGAGGACGUUCGUGUGCGCGCCGUGACGAUCCAGGUAUGCUCCCAUCUCGUUCUGGGAGAAAUGCUUCGUAUCCGCGACCACCUGUACACGAUCGUAAAGCUUGUGGCAGACCCGGAUGAAACAAUCGCCAACAACGCCAUCACCUUUGUGCAGAACUUAGCAAUGAAGGAAAAGGAGAAGACCGGCAAUUUGAUUCCGCCGCUGGCAGCCCAGCUGAGCAAUCUCCUGCCGUUUGACAAGUUCCAGCUGGCGAUGCGCACCUUACUGGAGCGCGUCGAAGGAGACAAACCGACGGAUUCGCUGAUCGACCGCCUGUGUCAACGCUUUGAGUCUUUUUCAGAACGCAGCAGAAAAAAACUAGCCAUUGCACGCAAUAUCGCGUUCUGCCUCAGCGAGCUAAACUACAUGACGGAGCGGACAAUCAAGCGGCUCACAUCUGAGUCGUGCUAUCAACAAUACAAGCACUGGCUGCGUUGCGCCGACGUGUAUGAGUACUUCAAGCUCAUUGCAACAAAGGCGAAGCGUCAAGGGGCUCGCGGUGGAGCAGAGCGCCGCGAUCGCGCAGCAAUUGACGAGUGGGAAGCAAGAAUGCAGGUGGACUCGUGCAUCGAUGCCGACGGCGAGGAGAGGUCGUCUGUCGCGGCUGACCAGAAAGCGUCUGAUGAGUGA